AUGUCUUCCACCUCUCAUGAAGGACUAACUGCUGUUGCCAGUAGCAUGCUGGCACUCUCGACUGUGUCUAUUGCUCUACGCUUUUAUUCUCGCCGUGUACAAAAAGCGCCAUUAAAAACAGAUGAUUGGAUUAUGAUACCAUGCCUUCUACUGCUUGGGGGCACCUGUGGCACUGCGCUCUAUGGCACAAACAAAAAGAUUCUAGGCUAUCCAACGCCGACUGGUAAAUCUUUAGCUUUGGAGACUGCUCCCAUAGCAUCAAAGCUCUACUUUGCCUUUGAUUUGUUCUCAAUUCUAACUCUAGGGUGUGUCAAGAUUAGCGCACUAUGCUUCUACUAUCGAAUCUUCUGCGACUAUGGGCGCCGAACUGCCUUCCGAAUACUUGUAAUGAUAAGCAUCGUCGUGUGCUCUCUUUGGGUUGCGGCAUUUUGUAUACUGCUUGGAUUGUCAUGUGGAUCUCACUUCUCAGCCCUAUGGACUUCUAGUAAGGCGGUAUUCUUGCAGUAUUGUGGAACAAGGCCUCAUCAAUUCUUGCUGAGUAUGUCCAUCUCGGAUUUUAUACUGGACUUCUGGAUCAUCGCUCUUCCCAUCCCUGAGAUUUUAACUAUCAAAACGACUCUCACACGUCGCUUCGCUAUUAUUGGCGUGUUUCUCUUAGCAUUUGUAGGCUUCGGAGCUUGCAUCGCGAGGCUGGCAGUUUUUGUGGAGCUCGACAAUCUUCCCGCGACUACAAAAAUUGACUCAAGACUAACAAAUACGAAAUCCAUCUAUCUCUCUAUUCUCGAAGUAGGUCUCAGUUGCGUUGCAGUCAACCUUCCGUCACUUUACUACCUUACGCAUAAAGUCACACCGGAGAACGUGCUUCGAAGUGUACGCAGUAUCAUUUCUCUUCGAUCCAUUGGCUCUCAAAACAGCAAAGGAUACCAGAAGUCAAAAUCAAGCAAGGAUAACCAAAGCGUCGAGAGUCCUUCAUCGUCUAACCUGAGACCAGACGAUGUCAUGGCUAUUGAAACACAUGCCAUGUAUGAUUUGGAGAGCACGGGACAAGUUUCUGUUCCACAUGAUGUGCAUGUCACAAAGACUUUAUCGCAAUCGUCACAAAGACUGUGA